AUGGAAAAACAAGAAAAGAACGAAUUAGUGUACGAAUACACAAAACGUCGAAAAGAGUUUGGAAGACAAACAUUAUUCGAAGACCAUGGCCCCGAGAUGUGUGUCAGCAUACCGAAUAAUCCGGCAUUUUACAAAAAUUAUAUUCUUAGGAAUCCGGUUGAUGUGGCCAUACAAAAUACAGGGACUAUGUCUGAACAUUGGGUGAAUUCUGUACGUGCAGAAUAUACGAGUUCAGGUAUAAAUCAUGUGGAAGGAGGAUGGCCAAAGGACAUCAAUAUGAAUGACCCAGAAGCGGCACAGAGAUACAGACGAAAAAUAGAAAAGGAUGAUGCCUAUAUUCAUGCGGUUAUGCAUCUUGGCCAUAGCAUGGAACACAAUAUUCUACAGAACAACGCAGUGGACAUGUAUCAAACGUAUUAUUCAGAACUACCUUCCAUACCACCAGUGGAACGUAGCAGUUGUCACACAGUCAAUGUGUAUAGAGAGCCAGGAACAAGAAGGCCUGUGAGGUCUCUAUCGUGGCAGGCUGAAGGAGCCCGUCUAGCAUCUGCUCAUGCAGAUAUUGACUUCAUGAGGAAUAACAGAAGUCUACAGUUUUCGUACAUUUGGGAUAUCGAAAAUGCAAACGCUCCAGAUCUCAUUAUAAAACCUCCACAACCACUACUAGACCUUCAGUAUAACCCUCGAGAUCAGCAUAUUCUAGUUGGGGGUAUGUUAAACGGACAGGUAGGUUGCUGGGAUAUGCGCAAAGGCGGUGAACCGUUUGCAAUGUGUCCUCCACACGUAGCCCAUAGAGAAUUGGUGCGAAAUGUACUCUUUGUUCAUUCGAAAACUGGCGCCGAGUUCUUUUCGGCAUCGCCUGACGGGGUUGUUAAAUGGUGGGAUAUACGCAGCAUGAAUGAACCAACUGAUUCGAUGAUAAUAGAUCUCGUAAAACUACAAACAGACACUCAAAGCGUCGAUAAAGCUCUGGGAAUAUCUGCUCUAGAAUAUGAACCCACUAUUCCAACAAGGUUUAUGGUCGGAACAGAAACGGGUUUAGUGAUUGGAGGCAACCGUAAGGGCAAAACGCCGCUGGAAAAACUACCCUCAAAAUAUGAAGCUCAUUUAGGACCAGUAUAUGCACUUCAAAGAAAUCCUACAUUUUUAAAAAACUUUUUGACGGUUGGUGACUGGACAGCGAGAGUGUGGAGCGAAGACUGUAGAGAAUCUUCAAUUUUAUGGACAUAUUCACAUGGCACAAAACUUACAGAUGGCGCUUGGAAUCCUGUUAGGUUUUCCCUAAUGCUGGUGACUCAAUGGGACGGCUGUCUCUCAUGUUGGGAUCUCCUCCGCCGACGCAGUGCGCCCAUAGUCACAGCUCAACUGUGUGACGAACCCUUGCUUAGAGUACGACCUCAUGAAGCGGGCCUUCUAGUAGCGUGUGGUAGUAGCAAAGGCACAAUAUAUCUGGCUGAGCUUUCGCAAAACCUUGGAACGGCCGACAAGAAUGACAAGCAGCUUUUAACUCAUAUACUAGAACGCGAAAAUAAACGCGAACGCAUUCUCGAAGCCCGCAUGCGCGAGUUACGUCUCAAAAUGCGUCAGGACCGUGAUGUCGGACCACAAGUCGUUGAAAAUGAUCCUGCUGUUAAUGACAGAGAUUUAGAAGAAGCAACUGCUGAAUAUAUGCAAACGGUGAAGGACCUACAGGCACAGCAGAAAAACUUUCCGUAGUUACUUUGUAAAAUACAAUUAAAUGCAAAAAUUGAAACGUAUAUUUUGA